UGUAGUUUGGGAUCAGAUUUAUCAGACAUAUUUUGCUCGUAGGACAUUGACGGCAGAAACUUGAAAUUUAGUGUGGAGUGCUACCCAAGUCAUGUUCUGUUUUAUGGAUAUUUACAACUGUCAAAAAGUAUUUUGAGUUCUCCAAUGAUCAGCUAAAAACAUGUAUGUACAGUAUUCAAAGAAACAGUCGCAGAGAAAUGUGAUGAGAAGAAUAAAGAAGAAGAAUGAAACAAAAAAAUGUUCAAAUAGUGUGAAUAAAUUGAAAGUUGGCCACCAGGUUGUGAAUAAUAAGGCUGUGAAUUAUGAUUCAAUGGGUUGUAACCAACCAAAAUUAAUAAGGGCAAUAUCUGUCUUAUAUCAAAAAUGCAAGAAAAAGAAAAGAGGUUGUUUUGUUAGUAGUAUGAAAGAUGAUAUUGAUGGACUAGGUCUUAUUCUACAAAGUAAAGCUAAUAAGGUAGUAACUGAACGCUUUGUACCUGGUGCCGAGUCAAAAUCUUUUAAUUCAACUGACCCUAUAAAAAUUCAGAGUCAGGUAAUCAAUGAACAAGUAAUUGAAGCUGACAUUGCCUCUAGUCCUUCCGAUGAUGCUAUGUUAGAUCCAAGGAGAGUUUGUCACAAUGAUGUAACUACACAUAAUGUUGAAGAUACAGUUGAAUUAAGAGAUGCAGAAAAUGCUGGACCAAAUAAUAAUCAGAGCUCACAAAACAAAAGAUCAGAUGAUGUCAUCAUAACACAAGAAGACAGUGCUUGCUCCCCACCAUCAGGUAUACACACAGCUAUACCUAAGCACGCGCAGUAUGCUUCAAAGACGGCUAGAGAAGCUAGUUACAGUACCUGGCCUGAUACAUCCAGUCAUACACCAGAGGUACUUGCUGAUGCAGGCUUCUUCUAUGCUGGUUUUGGAGAUUGUGUCCGUUGUUUCUAUUGUGGCAUUGGCUUGCGUCAUUGGACAGCAGAAGAUGACCCUUGGAUAGAGCAUGCUCGGUGGUACAAGAACUGUGUGUUUGUUAAACAGAAGAAAGGAGAAGAGUUUGUGAACCUAGUCCAGUUAGCUGUACAAUAUGCUCAAGAUGUUAGUAGCAAUUUUUGUGCCCCCACGUUAGUGGCGGGCAUUUAGAUUUACCCUUGUCCGUCCGUCUGUCCGUCCGUCCGUCCUUCCGUCCGUCCUUCCGUCCGUCCGUCCGUUCACUUUUGUGUCGCACGUAACUCAAAAAGUAUUUGACCUAGAGUCAUGAAACUUUACAGGAAUGUUGAUCAGCAUGUGUAGUUGUGCACCUGGGUAUUUUGGUCUGGAUAUUUUUAGUAUUUUCAGAGUUAUUGCCCUUGACUUAGUAAAAUUUGGCAAUUUUCAACUUGUGUCGCAUGUAACUCAAAAAGUAUUUGACCUAGAGUCAUGAAACUUUACAGGAAUGUUGAUCAGCAUGUGUAGUUGUGCACCUGGGUAUUUUCGUCUGGAUAUUUUUAGUAUUUUCAGAGUUAUUGCCCUUGACUUAGUAAAAUUUUGCAAUUUUCAACUUGUGUCGCACAUAACUCAAAAAGUAUUUGACCUAGAGUCAUGAAACUUUACAGGAAUGUUGAUCAGCAUGUGUAGUUGUGCACCUGGGUAUUUUCGUCUGGAUAUUUUUAGUAUUUUCAGAGUUAUUGCCCUUGACUUAGUAAAAUUUGGCAAUUUUCAACAUGUGUCGCACAUAACUCAAAAAGUAUUUGACGUAGAGUCAUGUAACUUUACAGGAAUAUUGAUCAGCAUGUGCAGUUGUGCACCAGGUAUUUUCGUCUGGAUUUAUUUAGUAUUUUUAGAGUUAUUGCCCUUCACGUAGAAAAUUUUUGCAAUUUUCAACUUGUGUCGCAAGUUUCUCAAAAAGGAUUUGACAUAGUCAAUAAACCUUAUAGGCAGGUUGCUCAGCAUAUUUUAGAUUUGCACCUGGGGUUUGGCUUGUGGACUUAUCCAGUAUUUGUAGAGUUAUUUCCCUUGACUUAGUAAAAAGAUUGACAGAACAGUGUCGCGGUGGGGGCACCCGUGUCCUAUGGACACAUUUCUAGUUUGUUCAUUAGAUACAUUUUGUAUGGUUGUAACCUUCAAGAUUUAUAUGUUUUUGAACAGCUAAUAUGUCUUUAAAGACAAGAUACAAAGUAAUUAUAUUUUUGUAUGCUUCCCAGAAAAAAAUAGUGUAUAGUCUGAUUCGUGCUUCUUUCAGUCCUUCAUUUAAACUAUUUUCUCAUUUUGUCUUCAUAUAUUUAUAGAUAUUUUAAAUAUUUGCUUGGAACAUACCAUUGUGUGGAUGUAGGAUAAAUAGGGUCAAGUUGGCUCAGUCGUACAUAAUGAUUUGUCUCAUUAUAAAACAUUGCUUAUUAGCUGUGUUAUCAGAUCAGAUGGCAUAUUAUUAUCAUUAUGAUACUUUAUGUCUAAAAAGUUGAAAAUAAAAUGAUAGGUAGACAUGUCUAGUUAAGAAAUUUAGCAGAAUAGGGUUGAUAACAUGAACGCAGAUUGAUCACUGCUAAGCAUUGGUAUCCUUGAAUAUUUUUUGGAGUUAUUUAUAGAGAUUGUAGCUGGUUUAAGA